UUCAUAUGAUUUGUUAAAUGUUAACCUCUGACCACCUGUCAGUGUCCCCUCUCUGAACCCAUCAUAGACCUCUUCACUAUAACUGAUCUAAACUGAAUCAUGAUGAAGCACACACACAAGUGGUGCCAGACUCCUCCAUCAGUAACUGUCCGGGUCAAACCCAGCAGUUUACGCUCUCUUCAAGUCAGAAGAAGUCUGCAGAUGAAAAGACCAAAUGGACAGGAAGCCCAGGGCCCACCAGAGAAGAGCCAGCCGGGACAGCGAUGGCUUGAGAAGUACAAACUACAAACCACUGAGCAUCCAACUCUUGUCAUCCAGCGUCAGGAAAUGACGGCAUUCUUCAGACUUUUUGAUGAUGACCUUGUCCAGGACUUUUUGUUGAUGGACUGUUGCUACAAAAUGACUGACAAGUACCUGCUAGCCAUGACAUUUGUGUAUUUCAAAAGGGCCCUCUUCCCUAUAGCUGAAUACACCAGGAAGAAUUUAUUUAUCGCUUUGUAUCUGGCCAACACCAUGGAGGAGGAUGAGGAGGAGAAUAAGUAUGAGAUUUUUCCUUGGGCCCUGGGAAAGAACUGGAGGAAACAGUUUCCCCGCUUUAUCAAGCAGCGAGACAAACUUUGGGCUCGUAUUGACUACAGAGCUGCCGUCAGCAGGCGCUGCUGUGAAGAGGUUAUGGCCAUUGUGCCCUCUCAUUCUGUGUGGCAGCGGAAUCGCCCUGAACACCAUGGAUUUGCCCAGCGGCAGUACAGAGACCAUUCCCAAGUUCGUUUUCCCCGUGGCCCGUCAGCCUCCCCGGUUUACUGCGCUCUCUGUAAACUAAGCAACAGGUUAGAUCUUCCCUGCAGAGGUUCUUCUGAACAAACGCGAAACCCUGCCUUUCCACAGCCAUUCAUCUCUGCACAGCAUGUGGAAAUCACCCCACCCAGGGCCUGUCACAGGAAGCCGAUUGACAUGAAACAUCCUCCUCCUGCUGCUGUGCGGAGGAGGUUCCCAGAAGGGGAUGAGUCUUCCUGUGGAUCCUCGUACGACACCUCCAUGGACUGGAUUAAUGAAGAGUAGAGCGCCACACAACCUCAGCAGUUUUACAGCCUCCAUUGCUGUUCUUACCCAAAUGUUCUUUGCAUUACGGUCUCUUUUAAUACCACAUCUACUGUGAGGUCUAAGCUUUGUGUUUAACUCUGUACAGAUUCAGAGCAACGUUACUCUUUAGUAAGAAUGAGCUAAUGUCAUUUCAUACAUCAUAAACUGAUGGAAACAUGCAAUAAGAUCCAUGUGGCACAUUGAAAAAAAAAAUGUUUUACAUACAGUGUUCUUUGUAAUUAUUUAUUUAUAUAUAUAUAUAUAUAUAUAUAUAUAUAUAUAUAUAUAU